GUCCAUAAGCCCUUUGAUUGUCGACGGGAAGAUGAUUCGGCGACAAACGCGCGAGCGACGACAAUACAUUUACGCCAAAUCCCUCGAGGCUCAAGAACGUCAGACUUAUGAGCGCAAACGGCAGCUCAAGGACGCACUUGCAUCGGGGAAAAAACUACCCACUGAGCUCAAGAAUGACGCAAAAACACUAGGAAAGGACUUGGCGUUUGACGAGGCACAAGAAGAGCCGUCAACGCACAUCGAUAGCGAAUACUCGCGGGCUGGUAUUCAAGACCCAAAAAUUAUUGUAACAACAUCAAGGGACCCAAGUUCUAAGUUGUUGCAGUUCGCCAAAGAAAUGCGGCUCGUUUUCCCCAACUCGCAUCGAAUCAACCGAGGAAACUACGUUAUAAAAGAGUUGGCGGAUGCUUGUCGUGCCAACGACGUUACUGAUCUCAUUGUUCUCCAUGAACACCGUGGUGUUCCUGAUGCUAUGAUUGUCUCGCACUUCCCUCAUGGACCUACCGUCUACUUUACCCUGCACAACGUUGCCCUACGGCACGACAUAGGCUCAUACAAGUCCUCCACCGUCUCAGAACAAUACCCACACCUCAUCUUUGAAGAGUUCACAUCUAAACUCGGUGGCCGGGUGCGAGAUGUGCUGAAAUUCCUGUUUCCUGUACCGAAAGAAGACAGCAAGCGUGUGAUGACGUUCUCGAAUGACGGCGACUUCAUUUCCUUCCGACAUCAUGUUUUUGUAAAAGUAGCUCGGGAUGUCCAACUGGCGGAAGUUGGGCCCCGCUUUGAGAUGAAACCGUAUGAGAUACGGCAAGGCACUAUAGAACAGACAGAGGCAGAAAGAGAGUGGGUAUUGGCACAUUACGCGAGAACGGCCAAGAAGCGCAGUCUGUUAUCAGGACCUGUGGCAGAUUCAAGGGCAGAUUCAGAUCGGACAUCGAAUAAACGACAAAAGCGAUAGCAUGUACAUUUUAUGUCCUCGAAUUCAGGUUCCUUUCAAUGUAUGCGAGAAUCCCCCAACCACGUGAGCGAUGUAUUGUAAAGUGCAGCCCAUUGCAGAUGUGAACUAAUCUACAGUAAGAGUCUUAUCUAGCUCAGUAAAGCCUUCAAAGAAUGAGGUAAAUAGGUCGAUCGCGUUUUGGACGUCAUGAGAACCUGCAGUCUCGCGAAUGGAGUGCAUAGACAACAUGGCAUUACCGACAUCUACUGUGCGCAAGCCAAGCUUCGAUAACAUCGGUCCAACCGUCGAACCACACGCCCUGGAUGUUGACAAUUAAGAGAAGCUUUUAAAGCUAAAUGAAUACCCACAUGUCGUUUCGAACCUCGUACUCCUGG